UUUGUGAAGAGGAACUUCUGUGUGUGUGUCUGUGUGUGUAUCGCAGCAUUUUCAUUUUGUUUUUAGACUUAACAAGGAUUUGAUCAGUCAUGGAUGGAGAUGUGCUGUCUUUGUCGUCUUUCUCAUCAUUAUCAGCAGCAGCAGAAACAGAGAAAGAUUCUCCACCUAAAAGUGACAGCAGCCUCCCUCAGAGCCACAAGGAACAUAAAUCAGAUGAAGAAUUAUGGACAGAGGAUGUGAAUCCUGCGGGUGAAAGGCUGCUGUCAGCGGAGGAGCAGGUCACUCUGAUCACUGAGAGUAUGACAGUCACCUCCACUGACCAAGAGAAACUGCUGCUGCUAAACAGGAACACUGAGCUCCGCAGAGUCAACAAAGAGCUGAUGAAGCUGAAUGAGGACUGGGACCAGGUUUAUCGCAGUGCCACACUGAGUUUGCAGCACAGACUGGAGACUUUUGAGCUGGAGAACUCUGCCAUCAAACAGCUGAACAGCAGACUGCUGCUCAAAGUGGAGCACCAACAGAGCGCGAAGGAGUAUUAUGAGCAGGCACUAAUGCAGGAGCUGAAAAAAAACCAAGAGCUGCAAGAAUACAUCAGGCUGCUGGAGAGCAGAUUGCACCACCCAGAAAGAGACUUCACACCUCCCAAACAGGGAAGCUUCAGUACAAUAGUACGCAGUCCUGUGUCAUGCCCCGCCAUUAAUCCUCCUGAAGGUCCCGACCUGUCACCCAGCCACGUCGCUGGAUACAACCCUUCAUCCUCCUUUUUUCCAGCUUCUUCCAAUUCAGAGUCAUGGCUGCGGGGAAAAAGCCAGAGCAGCAGUACCCCACUGGGAGCACCAGGAGACUCCCAGCAAGAGGUUCAGGAUCUAAAAGAGCAGCUGGAGGCACUGAGAUGUCAGACCCAGAUUUAUGAGGCUGAAUAUGAGACGGAGCAUAACGACCACAAACACACCAUGCAAGAGAACCGGAGGCUGAGGAGGAAGAGGGAGGAGAUGCGCCAACAGGUGGCACUACUGCAAGAGCAGCUCAAGGUUUAUGAGGAUGACUUUCGACGGGAGCGGUCUGACAAACAGAUGCUGCAACGGCUGCUGUUGAAGAAAACGCCUCCAAACAAGGACCCUGUGCUUAUCCACCGCUGCAAUAAUGAGAAACAACCACUAGGAGGAGACAAGAGGACACAAAGUGGAGACAGAGCUUAUCCUCAAAGAAAACAGCACCACCCACUCUGCCCCAAGCACCCAAAUAGGGAAAAAGAGUCAAACUAAGAGGGAGAAAAUUAGAAUCAUUAAUAUGUCAGAAACUCUCGCACAAAGAUUUGUAUUAUCUUAUGAAAACCAUCAUAGCAUCAUUACAGAGGCCCUCCAGGGAGUCUGCUGGACUCUAAAUGCAAUUUUAGCACUCUAAUUUCAGUUGUCUGUCACACUGUGUUACAGCACUCGUAUCUGAUUAACUUUGAAAAAGAAAAAAAAAAAGUAUAUAGUUAUAUUUUAAAGUAGCCCUCCUUAAAAAAUCUGGGGUGACAUGCAAUGUUUUCUCUUUAAGGCUUCUGUUUGAAAAACUUCAUGAAAAUGAAGAAAUAUUAUAGUUAAAUUGUAGAUUAUUGUCUACAUUGUGUUCUGUAUAUUAUCGAUACAGA